CAUGACCGUAGGUUACGAAGGACCCAGACCCCCAGAUGCAAAAAACGGUAGAAAAAUAGGAAGCUAAAGCCAACCUAAAAACCUCUCCGGUUCUUGUACCGUUUAAUCACCGUUGUUGAGUGUGUCUCUGUGAAAGGUAGCGCCGGGUGACAUGGCUCUCCUAACCCGAACCUCGUCGAGGCUCCCACUGCAGCUCUCGGCGGCUCAGCGGGCCCUCUCUCUCCACACCACCGUUCCUUCUCUCUCCUCCUCAGCAAGUGGCAGCACCGGCACUCCCACCACCUAUGCACGGCCCCCUCCUCCCUCUUCCUCGCCACCGCCGCCGGGGAUUUCCAAGGCGGCGGAGUACGUGAUCUCUAAGGUCGACGAUCUGAUGAACUGGGCCCGUAAGGGCUCCAUCUGGCCCAUGACGUUCGGUCUGGCCUGCUGUGCCGUCGAGAUGAUGCACACCGGUGCCGCCCGUUACGACCUCGACCGAUUCGGAAUCAUCUUCAGGCCCAGCCCAAGGCAGUCCGACUGCAUGAUCGUCGCCGGUACUCUUACCAACAAGAUGGCCCCGGCUCUUCGCAAGGUCUACGACCAAAUGCCUGAACCUAGAUGGGUUAUCUCUAUGGGAAGCUGUGCAAAUGGUGGUGGAUACUACCAUUACUCGUAUUCAGUUGUCCGUGGCUGUGACAGGAUUGUACCUGUUGACAUUUAUGUUCCAGGUUGCCCUCCCACUGCUGAGGCCCUACUGUAUGGACUUCUUCAGCUGCAGAAGAAGAUUAACAGGCGUAAGGAUUUCCUCCACUGGUGGACCAAAUAAAGGCCUUCCAUUUGUAUUGCAAAUAUUUGGCUAAAGUGUUAUGAACUAAUAAAUCAACCUAGGGUGGUUUCCCCUGGCUAAGCACUGUGUAAAGCAAGAUUUUAUUGUGUCCAUGUUAUAAGUUUAGAUCUCAGGAUGCCUGAUGGUGUGUUUUACUCAUGUUUCCUGUUGUCCUCUGGAGCUUAUACAGUAGCUUAAAACUUUGUUCCUUUGCUCUUUUCUAGUAAGGUGAAUGUACUUUUGAAAGGUUGUUUAUCUAUUUUCUUAAUUGGUAAAUGAUGAUUACGGAUUUUGUCUUACAA